GAGCUCUCCGGAGACAUUCAAGUCAAGGUCGGACAACCGCUUUUCCAGAACAGAGAAGAAACUCAUGCAUCAAAAAAGGUGACUGAUACACAUACGAAAAGAGUAUGGCUGGACAAAUACCAGAAUCUGAUCAAAUAAAGCAGUUUAAGGAAUUUCUUGGAACCUACAAUAAACUUACAGAAACCUGUUUUAUGGACUGCGUUAAAGAUUUCACAACUAGAGACGUAAAGCCUGAAGAGACUACCUGUUCAGAACAUUGUUUACAGAAAUAUUUAAAAAUGACACAGAGAAUAUCCAUGAGAUUUCAGGAAUAUCAUAUCCAGCAGAAUGAAGCACUGGCAGCCAAAGCAGGCCUGCUCAGCCAGCCCCGAUAGACAAGUCCUGACGGGUGGACUUUGGGUGAGAGAUUGCCAACCAGGGGUUGCCCUGAAAAUGAGGAUUCCUCUGCCAAGAGCCCCUGAAAGCAGUAGGUACCAUGAGAAACCAUCUGUCAUGGCUGACCAACAAAGGAGACCACUGGAGAAACAAAAAUUGCUGUUCAUCAGAAGUAACUGAAAUAGAAGGUUUUACUCUUGAAUAAAAAUGAUAGGAUGCCACAUUUUGUUGAGGCCUUAUAAUGCAGCAGUUUGGUCACUUGAUUAGAAAAAUAAACCAUCAUUUAUUC